AAUUCUUAACUGUGCCUCUGUCUCUCUUUUGCUCUUGCUCUCGAUCUAUCUCUGUCUCUUUCCCCACCCCUAAAGCAAGUGCAGGGAUUGUCUUAUUAUUAGUGACUUAUAAUGAUGCUUUUGAACAAGAAGAUGCUGGGUACUUUGGGUGACUAGUACCAUCCCACUGUUUUUCUUUUAAAUUCCUGACCUAUUGUUUACUAGUAUAUUCUUUUAUUCAAAUUUCUACUGACGCUGAAUGUUACUUGAGUAGAAAGUCUAAUUGCUUUCUUUUCUAGGUCCUUAAACUCUUUGCUAAUGUUUCAGUCUGAGAGUUCUCAAAGCCAGGGUUCUAGGAGAGUUUGGCAUGUCUGAACAGCUGAACUGCGAGAUAAUGGAGUAGGUCCAGCCGGGGUGUGGGAGCAGGGCAUUCUCUCCAUAAAAGAGCUCUCCUCUCUGCACACAUGGCCGGUUAAUUGGCCAUUCUGGGAAAGCAUGGAUGGGGAGGGGGGCUUCUGAGAAUCGCCGGUGACAGCUUUGCCAAGCCAGUUCCCCAAGUUGUCUCAUCUAAUAUCCCCCAGAAAACCCUGUGAGGUGCUCUGCUCUCCUGAGGUCCGGCCAUGCCUGUGUGCAAGGAAAACAGCUGAAGUUCGCCUGGAGGAAGAAGCAUGCAGAGUUCCCCUGGAGGAGGCGUGGCUCCCAGGUUGUCCCCUGUGGGCAGGCGGAUACUCCUGGCCUGCAGCUUUAUCCUUGCAGCAGCUUUGGGCCAGAUGAAUUUCACAGGUGACCAGGUUCUUCGAAUCCUGGCUAAAAAUGAGAAGCAGCUUUCACUUCUCAGGGAUCUGGAGGGCCUGAAGCCACAGAAGGUGGACUUCUGGCGCGGCCCAGCCAGGCCCAGCCUCCCUGUGGACAUGAGGGUUCCCUUCUCUGAAUUGAAAGACAUCAAAGCUUACCUGGAGUCUCACGGCCUUGCUUACAACGUCAUGAUAAAGGACAUCCAGGUGCUGCUGGACGAGGAGAGAGAAGCCAUGGCGAAAUCCCGCCGGUUGGAGCGAAGCACCAGUAGCUUCAGUUACUCCUCUUACCACACCCUGGAGGAGAUCUAUACCUGGAUUGACAACUUUGUAACUGAGCAUUCAGAUAUUGUCUCAAAACUUCAGAUUGGCCACAGCUUUGAAAAUCGGUCCAUCCUUGUUCUGAAGUUCAGCACUGGAGGUUCUCGGCGCCCGGCCAUCUGGAUUGAUUCUGGAAUCCAUUCCCGGGAGUGGAUCACCCAUGCCACCGGCAUCUGGAUUGCCAGGAAGAUUGUCAGUGAAUACGGCAAAGACCGCGUCGUAACAGAUGUACUGAAUGCCAUGGACAUCUUCUUGGAGAUCGUCUCUAAUCCCGAUGGGUUUGCUUAUACCCACAGCAUGAACCGCUUGUGGCGGAAGAACAAGUCCAGUAGACCGGGGAUCUUCUGCAUUGGUGUGGAUCUUAACAGGAACUGGAAGUCAGGCUUUGGAGGAAAUGGUUCUAACAACAACCCCUGCUCAGAGACUUAUCAUGGGCCCUCCCCUCAGUCAGAGCCAGAAGUGGCUGCCGUCGUGGACUUUAUCAUGUCCCAUGGGAACGUCAAGGCUCUGAUCUCCAUCCACAGCUACUCUCAGAUGCUCAUGUACCCCUAUGGCCACUCUCUGGAGCCUGUUUCAAACCAGGAGGAGUUGAUGUGGCCAGCGGGAUCACAGUCGACUGGGCCUAUGACAGUGGCAUCAAGUACUCCUUCAGCUUCGAGCUCCGGGACACAGGGCGCUAUGGCUUCCUGCUGCCCGCCGCGCAAAUCAUCCCCACGGCCCAGGAGACAUGGAUGGCCAUUCAGACCAUCAUGGUGCACACACUGCAUCAUCCCUACUGACAGCACUGCUGAGGGGAGAGCCAGAGGGGUAGUUUUCUUUUCUGAGGCCUGGGCUCCUCCUGAAACCCAAGUUAUGGAUCCCUUCCCCAUCCCUGCCCUGACUCCUUAGGAAAUAAAAACAAAUUUGAAGAGGC